AUGAUUACGCCCCGGAAGCGACGGAAAGUCUCCGUAGCCUGUCAAAGGUGUCGCGAGCGAAAACUCGGCUGCGACGCAGACAGACCGUGUCAAUUAUGUGCUCGGGCAGGCGUCGAGUGCGUUCCUCGAAAUGUCGGGAGAAUAGAUGCGUUAACACCGGCUGGAAGGGUCAGCGAUUAUCAUAGAAAUGAUCAGGCUAGUCAGCUAGGCUCAGACGAUACAGUCAUUGUCCCGGAGUCAAACAUUAUAAACUUAAGCACAAUGAUGUUCGUCGAAACAGGUUCUAACCAGUAUCUGAAACAUGACACAUCUGCCUUGCCUGGUGGUGCCAAGCCAAUGGGUCCUAAUCACCCAAUUUCUGGAAGUUGGCGGGAUCUAGUUAGGGUAGAGCUGCCUUCAGACGAUGUACUUGAUGUCAUUGUGAAACGCUUCUUUCUCUCUGUUGAUUGGUUCAUGAUGGUCUUUCAUGAAGAAUCGUUCAAACGCAGAUAUGAAGAGUUCCUCCAUCAACAGUCAACAUAUCACGAUAGCGAUUUUCUUUGGAUAUGUAUGCUUGUAAUAGCACUUGGAGCUCACUACUUGACAUUGUCGCCGUCUUCAAACCAAAACACCGUCAACUACCGAAAACUUUCGAAAGACCUCCUAGCGAAGAUCGAAAUUCGUUUCCUACAAAUAAUCAGCUCCUCUACAUUAGAGACGGUUCAAAUAUGCAUCUUACUCGGUAGCUUUCUCCUGUUCAAUGGCCGACCCAAUGCUGGAUUAGGCAUUUCGGGUAGCGGCGUAAAAAUUGCUCAGGUUAUGGGACUACAUCGCGAGAGAUUAUGGAAAGAACUUUCGCCAGCUAAACGAGAAGAGAGAAGACGGACUUGGUGGGCAUUGGAAGUAUUCGACAAAUACGCAGCUAUUGCCUUUGGUCGUCCAUGCAUUAUUGACGACUCUGAUUGCGAUGUCGGUAUGGUUUCCGAUAUACAGUCAGGCCAGCAGAUCAGCGGCAAAAAUUCUCUCCUCGUGUAUCAUCAAUGGAAAUUCCAACUUUAUAGAAUAAUGGGACUAUUCCUCGGACGAAGAAGGCAGCAAAAACAAGUUGAAACCGUUUAUACCAUUCAUCAACAACUACUUCAGUGGCGGAAAGAUCUACCCGAAUGUCUUCAAUUACAAAGCUAUGAUCAAAACUCAGAACAAAUAUCCAUACUCCAGAUGCAGGCACUGAAUCUUCAGCUUACAUACGAUAAUCUGCAAAUCAUUCUCCAUCGCACCGCGGCCUUUCAAUACAAUGAUAAAGAAUGCAAAUUUACAUCAUCCAGUACAGGAAAUAGCCCCUCUCUGCAACAGCUCUUCGAUUCUGCGAUGGAUAUUUCCGAGCUAUAUAAAUACUCAUCCACUUUGCACGCUUCUAGACGAACACACGCUGACAUGCAUAUUGGAAUCACACUUUUUACAGCUGGAGUGGUGCUCUGCGCUAUAUGCCUCUCUCACCCAAUGACAACAAUGGUCUCCAGGGCAAAAACGGGAGUCAUGCACAUUAUUCGCAUGUGCCGUAAUGCCUCUUCCUCGAAUCAGCAUCUUGUUUCCACGCAGAGUCUCUCCAUUUUGGACAGCCUUGUUACCGUAGUAUUACGGUUGGAAACUGACAUGAUAACUGGAAGGACUAACUAUCCCACUCUAUGGCUGUGGGCGGAUAACUUGAAUUAUGACUCAUUCAACGAAAUUCACGAUCAAGAGUCUUAAUGAUUCUUUCCAGGUCCGCUUUUUCUAGGCAUGAGUCAAAUCAAGCCCGGUUGUUUAAUGCUUUCCAUUGCCAGUAUACGUUUUCUGUAGUGAAAACAAUGAUUGAGCUAGGGGAGGGGAG